CUUUUAGAUUAAAAAAAUAAUAAAAGCCGACGUUACGCUGAGGUUGAAUCCUUAAUGAAGGAUUUAUUUGCGGUUGAUCCUUGAUGCGCUGGCAGCGUGUGAUUGGAGCGUCGAAGGAAUGUGUUUGGUGAGAGGAAAAAAACGCGUUCAUUUCUCGAGUGUAGCCGGAAAAAAAAACCUUUCCUCCUCUCCCGGCGAUAACAAAGGCGACACUGCGAUCCGGUUUGUUCAAGGUAAAUCGCACCAUUUUAAGUGUAUUUUUUUUGCAUUUGAAGUUGCUGCAUGUCAAUUUAGCCGUGUUUAUGGGUUCGAUUGUUGGGAUCAAUUAGAGUUUUGGUUUAAAAUCGAUUUGGGGAUAAAAUUCAAAUUAGGGUUUUCGUGUCUAUGUUUUUUUUGUGGGGAUCAAAUAGAUUUGAGGUUUGUUAAUCGAAUCGUUUGUGGGGAUCAAAUAGAUUUGGGGUUUAAAUUCGAAUUGGGAUUAAUAUCGAAUAAGGGUUUUCGUCUGUGAAUUUUUUUUCUUACAAAAUUCAUUUCGGGUUAAAAUACGAAUAGAUUUGAGGUUUGUUUAUGGAUUCGAUUCUGGGGAUGAAAUAGAUUUAGGGUUAAAAUACGAAUUAGGGUUUUCGUCUGUUCUUAUUAGUUUCUUGGUUGUUUACCCAGAGGUUUAGUAGGGAUUUUGAUCCGCUUAAACGUUAUUGGUCUUAUAGGUUCUGAAAUGGAGGACGAAUUGAGGGAUAUGAAAGCACCCAAAGCAUACUACAACAUGCUUCAUUUCGUUGCAGAUGCGCAACAGGGGAUUCCCCAGCUGUGCCCCUGUGGAUCUAUCACGAAGGAGGUAGUCGAUGAAGAGAAUACAUAUGACUACCUCCCCGGCAAAAGAUAUUUCAUAUGCAAAGAUUACGAGAAUGACGGGUUGCAUUUCAGACAACCAUGGGUUAUGGGGAUGCAACAAGAGGUUGAGAGACUGAAAGUACGUUUUCACGAGCAGGAGAAGCUUCUGCGAGAGUGCGAAUCACUUAAGGGGCAGGUGCGGAUGCUGCUUAAGCGGGUGGCUGAACUCGAAAAAAGAAACUUACCGGUUUCAAACUCAGGUUAGUGUUUGAACUUACCAGUUAAAAUUCAAAUGGAAAUUAGUUUGUAGUUAGAAAAGAAACUAGGAUUGUGUAACCGUGUAACUUUAGUAGUUGAGAAUAGUUGAAAACAAGCUAGAAUAGUUAAUGUUUCUGAGCAAAUAACUUGCAAGUUUGUAGAUAGGAAACAACUAGGAUUAUUAAUGCACACCAAACCCAUUUAAUUAUGCGUAACUGCAUUGUUUCCUUUAAGCCUAAAACCCAUUUAAUUGUGGUGAGCUGUUCUGAUAGGACUGUUUUCUACUAGGAUUCAAUAGAGUCAUUAUUUAAUCGCCUGUGUUUCUACUAGAGAAACACAGUUUUCUUCCUAAAUGGCGAGAUCCGGUGGUUAUGUAAACCUCGUAAUGAGUCAAGGGCCAGUUAAUCUGGACCCCUGCGACCCUCCUCUCUUUACUGGCCAAAGUUCUGGUGUGUCUAGUGUCAAAGAGAGGAGAAAAUGGACAGUGAAAGAUGAUUUAAUCCUCAUCGGUGCGUGGUUCAACACCAGCAAAGACCCCAUUGUGAGUAAUGAACAAAAGGUAGGUGCCUUCUGGAACAGGAUUGUAGAGUACUACAACUCCAGUCCUCAACUGGUUGGGACCGCCCCACGAGAACUUGGGCCAUGCAAGCAAAGAUGGGCUAGGAUCAACGAGGGAGUUUGCAAGUUUGCUGGUUGUUACGACAUGGCACUGAGGGAGCAGAGAAGCGGGCAAAAUGAGAACGAUGUGAUGAAGUCUGCGUUGGAUAUAUUUGCCAAUGACCAGGGAUCGAAGUUCAACUUCGAACAUGCGUGGAGGGAGCUUCGGCAUGAUGUGAAGUGGUGCUCAACAUAUCUGGAGAAGGACAAACGCAAACCAGCGGAUUCCCAAGCCGACGGUGAAGGGGCAGUGCCUGAGCCAGAGCCAGAAGAGCGACCAAUAGGGGUUAAGGCUGCAAAGGCUGGUAGCAAGAGGAAGAAAACUGGAAAAGAGGAGGAGUUGGCGAAGCUGGAAAAUUUGAUGGAGUUAAAAAAAAAAAUAUCCCAGCAGAGUUUGCUAGAGAGUUUGCUUACAAAGCCCGAUCCUCUCUCUGAGAUGGAAUCAGCUCUGAAAAACAAACUUCUGUCUGAAUUGUUGUAGGGUUUGUUUAGCUCUAACCUAAGUUUCAGCUGUUUCCAUUAGACUAGUUAAAACAAAAACAUGUCUUCUGUUUCCAUUAGAGUUUGCUUGAGAGUUUGCUUACACACGUGAAUUUCUUCUGUUUCAGGUGAAGUACAAGACGAUGUCACGGGUUGAAGACAAAAGCUGGUAUCAAGUCACGGGUUUGUAUGCUCUGUUUGUAUUUUCAUGUCACUAGACCAUGUCACGGGUUGUUUGUAUGUUGCCUUUAUAAAUCUGCUUGUAGACUCAAAUGUUAUGCUAUUUCCUUUGCUCUUCUGCUUCCUUUGUACUCUCUAAAAACGGAUGUAAUGGUGUUUUAGUGGAAUCUAUUUCCUUUGCUCUUAUGCUAUCUCGUUUGCAAUUGUUUCAACAACAACGAUCCCAGCUUGAAAGAAGAAACCUUCCCACCUUCAUCUUCAUCACCGAUAGGAAGGAUAGCCUAAUAUGGCAGAUGAAACCGACCGAAGACUCGAUGCGGCUGUCAAUGAGGAUUUUGAUGAAUAUUUUGAAGAAACAUACAACAGUAUUCUGGAGAAUCGAACUACAAAAAAAAGAAACGUGCGUACGUCGAAAGAAACCGAGAAGCGGGCCACAGCCGUCUAUGGAAUGACUAUUUUAGUGAAGCUCCGACAUUUCCGCCUCAUUUAUUCAGACGCCGUUUCCGCAUGAGCAAGGAAGUAUUCAUGCGGAUUGUCGACACCCUCUCAGCAAAUGCUCCAUUUUUUCAACAAAGAAGAGAUGCAGUCGGAAGGUUAGGUCUAUCAACAUUACAAAAGUGUACUGCAGCUAUCCAUAUGCUUGCGUACGGCUCUGCGGCUGACGCCGUCGACGAAUAUCUCCGACUAGGUGAAAGCACAUCACUUUCAUGUUUAACAAAUUUCACAGAAUGUAUAAUACAACUAUUUGGAAAUGAGUAUCUACGAAGACCCACUCCAGAGGAUCUUCAGCGACUACUCGAUAUUGGAGAGAUACGCGGCUUUCCGGGGAUGAUAGGAAGCAUCGAUUGUAUGCAUUGGGAAUGGAAGAAUUGCCCAACAGCUUGGAAAGGACAGUACACACGUGGAUCGGGAAAGCCGACAAUUGUCUUGGAGGCUGUAGCUUCACAAGAUCUUUGGAUAUGGCACACCUUUUUUGGUCCUCCAGGUACAUUAAACGAUAUUAACGUCCUUGAUCGGUCACCUGUUUUUGAUGACAUUUACCAAGGCCGCGCUCCAAGGGUAACAUACAUGGUCAACGGACACCAGUAUGAUUUGGCUUACUACCUCACUGACGGUAUAUAUCCAAAAUGGUCAACAUUUAUCCAGUCCAUCACACUCCCUCAAGGUCCUAAAGCAGCGUUAUUUGCUAAAGUUCAAGAAGCUACCCGGAAAGAUGUGGAACGUGCUUUUGGUGUAUUGCAAGCUCGAUUUGCGAUAGUGAAAAACCCAGCUCUAUCAUUGGACAAGGAAAAAAUAGGGAAUAUUAUGAGAGCGUGUAUCAUACUACACAAUAUGAUCGUCGAAAACGAAAGAGGUGGUUACACUCAGUACGAUACAUCGGAAUUUGAAGAAGGAGAGUCGAGCAGAAGUUCACAUGUAGAGCAUACUAACAACAUGCCUUCACAUUUCGAUUGGACUAAUGAGUGGGGCGCACCUGUGUUCAUGCGCUACGAACCUGGUUCUGAGCCUGAGGAAAAGUGCUGCUUUCUUCCGUGGAUAAGACGACGUGAGGAUCAAGGACCUUUUCUCACGCCGGAAGAAGAGGAACGCCUGUUUGAAGAACAAGUCGAGAAUAGCCAGGGUUUUGACAUCAACUUUGAGGAGUUCAGCUGCGUUUUUAAUUACGUACCAGUUGAUUUCGAUGAGAACUACUAUUUCAAGGAUACAGACACCACCAGAGGAGUAAUAGAGAGGCUCUCUCCGGAUUCCCGUGAGCUUUAUAAUGAAAGAAUGGAUCAAGGUUAUGAAAUUGUCGAGGUUAUCAAAGCCAAUACUCACCCGACCGGUACUGCUGCCCAUAUGUUUUACAUUACCUUUAGAGCUAAAGAGCUUUCAGAUGAUCAGCCAAAAGACUUCCAAGCUAUGGUCUGCUAUUUCUGUUAUACCUCAAACAAGUACCACUCCUGUGAACUGAAACCCGAGAAGAAAGAUACUAUUAAUUAAUCCAGCGUUUGAAUCAAUCAUUAGUCUGCAGCAAUGUCAUGAAUGGGUUGCGUUGGUGCAUCCUUUUCUACUUUUUAUAAUACUGCGCUCUACUUAUCUGGACUGUUUUGGCAGUUCACUCCAUUGAACCUGCUGAGAAAGAAGACGUCAAGAAAGUCAGGCUGACACAGGAGGUAUCUACUGCCUAAUCAUGCAUGGUGGUGAGACGACCGAGUCCAGCUAUGUAUCGAGACUUGUACUAGGUUUACCAUUUGCCUUGUUCGUUUGGUGUGUUCGAAGUUCAACUUCUGCUUUUGUUGUUCGUUUGGGGCUUUCGAAGUCCCCUAGUUCUGUUGUUUUUGUUAUUCAAACAUUAGCUAGUUCUGCUUCGAACUAGUGACUAGUAAAUAUGAUUACCUUUUUGAA